AUGUCCGCCCCAAACCUCCAUAACGCUCUCCUUCGCCCGCCCAUCAUUCAAAUCCUACGCGCUGCUGGCUUCCACGCAACCCGUCCCUCAGUCCUCGACACCCUCACAGACCUCGUCGCAAACUAUCUCAUGAUUCUCUCCUCCUCUGCAGCCGCCCACGCCGCCAACGCACACCCUGGCGACCCGAUCCCGGUCCUCGAAGACAUCUACCAAGCACUACAAGACGCUGGUGCAUUACGCCCCCAGCUACGAGACUGGGAAGAAGACUGGCAAGAGGAGGAGGAUACACGUGGACUGGACGCGUUCCUGAGCUGGUUCUCGGGUCCGACUAAUCGUGAAAUUCGACGUAUUGCGGGCUUCGUACCCAGCGAGGGCGAUAUGAUUGAUCCGGAUUCGCUUGAGAAGGAGGACUUUUUGACGGCGUUGAAGAAGAAGCAUAGUAAGACGGGUGAGGAAUCGAGAUAUGCGGGGACUGUGCUGGGGAAGAGUGCUGAGGAACAUCCUGUUAUCAUCGAGGGUGGUGUUCCUAGUAUUCGGGAAUGGAGUCAGCAGGCACGUUCAAGAAUGCCGGGGUACAGGGCUGGGAGUGACACGUCUGGUGUGAGCAGUGCUCCUAGUAAUCUGUCUGAAGCUGAGGGGAUGGAUGUGUGA